AUGGGUUACAGUCGAAAUCCAAUAUCGUCAUCGAGAGAUCGUAGACGUGGACGGGAUAGACGAAGUAGAAGUCCGAUACGGCGACGCGGUGGUGGUGGUCGAGGAGGUAGAUGUGAUCCAGGCUCUAACUUACGCAAACCUCGAUGGGAAACAAAAAAGCUCGAACCAUUCAAAAAAGAUUUCUAUCUGCCGCAUGAAGCUGUCCAUAAUAGGUAA